GUGGACUCAACUUAAAAAAGAUACCUUGUUGAUUAUCCGAGUUUUAUUUAUGUUUAUAAUUAUAAUUAUAAAAAACCUACUUUCAUUAUGUAUUUAAAUACUCAUAAUAGUUCUUCUUUUUAAUUAUCUUAAUUUAAAUUAAAAAAAGAAAACUUUCUGCUUUUAAUAUUGUGUAAGAAAAAGUGCAAGUAUUUGAAAAAAUGUUUGAAUGUAUAAUAAAAUUGAAUAUUGAAGAGGUUAAGUCAGACUUGGUUCAAGCUAUAAGUGAAUGCUCGCAACGAUGUUUAAAUCAUUCAACAAAAUGGCUUGCAGAAUUAAACUAUUCCCUAAAAAAUAUUAAAGCAAAUACACUCCAAACAAAAGUUAAUUAUGAAACAUUCAACAAUUGUGAAGAGGAUUUAUAUGUGUUGGGGAAAAGUUAUUUUGAUUUAAAAGAAUAUGAUCGUGCUGCAUAUUUUACUGAACAAUGUCGCUCGCCAAAAGUUCGAUUUUUACAUUUAUAUUCUCGUUACAUGUCGGGAGAAAAGAAAAGAGUUGAUAACAUGACAGAUAUACCUCCAGAUCCAUUAAAAAAUGAAAACCUAAAGUCGCUUUGUUCUGAUUUGAGAAAAGAUCAUACUACUGGAAAUUUAGAUGGUUUUGGUCUAUAUUUAUUUGGCGUAACUUUGAAAAAGCUGCAGCUUACGAGUGAAGCUAUAGAUGUGUUGGUUGAGUCAAUUCACGAACAACCGAUGCACUGGGGCACGUGGUUGGAACUGGCUGCAUUAAUUACCGACCGUGAAAAAUUGGAAAGCCUUGAUUUACCUAAUCAUUGGAUGCAACAUUUUUUUAUAGCACAUAUGUAUUUAGAAUUACAACUUAUAGAAGAAGGAUUAGAAAUAUACCAUGCAUUACAAUCAGCUGGAUUUAAAAAAAAUGGUUACGUUUCAGCCCAAACAGCUAUUGCAGUACAUUAUAGAAGAGAUGUGGAUAAUGCGAUUCAGACCUUUAAAUCAAUUAUUAAAGAAGAUCCUUAUUGCCUGGAUAAUAUGGAUACUUAUUCUAAUUUGUUAUAUGUCAAAGAACUAAAAGUUGAAUUGGCCCAUCUUGCACAUCGAGCUACUGAAAUUGAUAAAUAUAGAUUAGAAACCUGUUGUAUAGUUGGAAAUUAUUACAGUUUAAGAGCAGAUCACCAGAAAGCAGUCAUGUAUUUUCACAGAGCUUUAAAACUUAAUCCACAGUAUUUGUCAGCAUGGACUUUGUUGGGUCAUGAAUUUAUGGAAAUGAAAAAUACUAAUGGUGCAAUUCACAGUUAUCGUCAAGCUAUUGAAGUGAAUAGGCGGGAUUACAGAGCAUGGUAUGGAUUAGGUCAAACAUAUGAAAUAUUAAAAAUGCCUUUUUACGGUUUGUACUAUUAUAAGCAGGCACAGCUAUUGCGACCUCAUGACAGUAGGAUGGUUCUUGCCUUGGGCGAAGCAUAUGAGAAGCAAGAUAAAAUACAAGAUGCUUUAAAAUGCUAUUAUAAGGCAUGUAAUGUUGGCGAUAUUGAAGGAAUGGCAUUAAUAAAAUUAGCCACACUGUAUGAAAAAAUGGGGGAAUAUGAUCAUGCUGCUGCUGCUUAUACGGAAUUUGUUACGGAUGAAUGCAGAAAUGCUGAUCGAGCAGAAUUAAGCCAUGCUUACAAGUAUUUAACGCAAUAUCACUUGAAACGAGACGAAUUGGACCAAGCAAAUCAUUAUGCUCAAAAAUGUUUGCAGUUUGAAGAAACGAAAAAUGAAGCAAAGGCAUUUCUUAAAACAAUAGCACAGAAAAGAGUUAAAAUUGAAGAUAAUCCAAUGAUAGUCGAAGAUAUGAAUGAAACAGAUCCUAUUGUUGAACUAAAUCAUCGUAAUGAUGCUCCAAGGAAUCAGUUAUCACCUAUGAAUUUAUCAUUUACGCAAAACUGAAUAUUAAUUUAAUGAUAUUGCGCACAAGUAGCUUUUGGGGGAGAUUAUUAAAAAUGGUAUUUAAAUUAUAUUGUAUUUUUUUAAAAUAAAAUUAAUUUCAAACUUGAA